GCGUCAGGCGUAUGCACAGACUUUCUGUCUUUCAACGCUAAUCGAUAUACAAGUACUUUAACGGUCAGCUGCUCCAAAGCAGCAAAUACCGCAAUUGUUUUGUUUUCCCCAGUGCUUUUUUUUUGUCUUCUCUCUUAAAACACAACGCUUUUGAGCUCGUUAAACGGCAGCAGCCCAGACAAUGAACCAUCCAAAUAGGCGCCUUGACACGUCAGAGGACGCCAUGGCGUACCACGUGGCGAGUCUACUGCGACAGCCAUCCCAUUCAAACACCCGCGACAUCGACACCCACUCGCUCCGCAGCAUGACGUCGCAAAUCGAGCAGUUUCUCUUUAUGGCACCGCAGGUGCCCGCCGUGCGAAUGGAGCCCGCGUGGACCGCCUCAGGCGACAACGACGAAGGGGAGCGGGGCGCACCAGAGCGGGGCGGACAGCCGGUGGUGGAGUUGAAUGUGGUGGCAGGUGUGCUAGAAGCGUGUGAUGCUGCUGCGCUGAAUGGCGGCAUGACAACUCUCACCGGCGUUUUGCUUCCUACGGCGGAGAAUCAGCGGGAGUUGCACCGCCGCAAGGUGGAGCAGGCGCAGGCGAUGCUGAACUUGAUAAGUGCGUUGACGCCUUCGCCCGAGGCGGCGCAUUCUAGCUACGGAGCAUCCAGGGAAAGCGGGCCCUCCUCUCAGGAAGCUGCGCAGGUGAGUCCAAAUUUGUCCACGCGUGUGCUGCGGCACUUCUCCAGCAGUGAUAGCGACGACGGCGAGGUGGCCGUGAUGGACGCGGAUGACUUGAAUGACGAAGACACGAGCGAUGACGAUAUGCCUGCUCAGCGGCGACGCAUUCAGGAGAUGAACUGA